AUGCAAAAGAUUAUUGAGGAAGAAGUUGAGAAGAUGCUUAAGGAAGGAGUGAUAAGAUCGUCGACCAGUCCCUGGAGCUCUCCUAUCGUUGUCGUUCAGAAAAAAGACGGCAGACCGCGUCUGUGUAUAGACUACAGAAAAUUGAAUAAAGUCACCCGGAAGGACGCUUACCCAUUGCCGCAAAUCAACGCGACAUUGGAUAAGUUAAGAGGGGCAAAAUACUUGUCGACAAUCGAUUUAAAGAACGGGUAUUGGCAAGUACUCCUGACACCAGAAAGUAAACCUUUAACCGCGUUUACAGUUGCGGGGAAAGGUUUAUUUGAGUUUAACGUAAUGCCUUUCGGCUUACAUUCCGCACCUGCUACAUUCCAGCGGUUACUGGACCAGGUGAUUACGCCGGAACUGUUCCCAAACGCCUUCGCAUACUUAGAUGACACCGUCAUAAUCUCAAAGACGUUUGACGAGCACCUCGAAACUUUGGAAAUUGUCUUUGAGCGACUAAGGAACGCCAAACUCAAGCCGAAUCCGGAGAAGUGCCAAUUCGCACGAUCGAAAUUAAAAUACCUCGGACACGUCGUCGAUCAUAACGGCUUGCAUGCCGAUCCAGACAAAACCGCCGCCGUACUAAAUCUCACGCCGCCCAGAAACGUUAAGGAGAUCCAGCGCUUCAUGGGAUUAAUAUCGUGGUACCGACGUUUCCUGAAAGACGUGUCCAGUGUCGCUGCCCCGUUACACCGCCUCCUGCGUAAACGAGCAAAGUGGGAAUGGUCCGAAACGCAACAAGCAGCGUUUGACGAAGUGAAGAAGCUACUGACGAAUGCUCCAAUAUUAUCCUGUCCAGAUUGGAGCCAGACAUUCGUCCUCCAGACCGAUACCAGCCAAGAAGGGCUAGGCGCAACACUUACCCAGCAGAUACGCGGAUCCGAAAGGGUGAUCGAAUAUGCCAGCCGGACACUCACCAGUUCCGAGAAGAAUUACUCGGCAACCGAACUAGAAUGCCUUGCAAUCAAGUGGGGCAUCUGGAAAUUCCGCGAUUAUUUGGAAGGUACCGAAGAGGCUCCGAUAAUCUGCUCGCCGACACGCUAUCCAGACAGCCGCUCGAAAUCUGUGCAGCGGGAGUUCCGACAUCCGACUGGUACAGCCGAAAGUACCAAGAAGGAGGAGCAUCCUGAGUUAAAUCCUGACUACCGUAUUGAGAAUGGCCAGCUCCAUCGGCACAUUCUACAUACGCUCGAUUACAACGACACUCCCGAAGCACAGCAGUGGAAAAAUUGCAUUUCCGGCGACCGGAAAGCCGAAGUUUUACAUCAAUAUCACGACGAUCCGACGGCGGGGCACUUAGGCGUGGCGAAGACCAUCGUACGCCUGGCAAAGAAUUAUUAUUGGCCUGGAAUGUUCCGGGAGGCCGCACAGUACGAUAAAUUGACUAAGUGGAUUGAGUUACCGCUAAGGAAAGCCACGGGAAGCGCAGUUGCAAAAGCUCUCCGAGAAAAAAUCCUCCUGCGCCAUGGUUGUCCGCAAAAACUAAUUACAGAUAACGGCAGGCAAUUCAUUUCAACCGAUGUAAAAACCGUCCUAGAAAAAUACAAAAUAACGCACCGUUUAACGCCGCCUUAUGCUCCUCAAUGCAAUCCUGUGGAGAGAGCAAACAAAGUAAUAAAAACCAUGAUUUCUCAAACUAUAGAGAAAUCACAGAAAAAGUGGGAUCGAUUUAUCCCAGAAUUGGCGUAUGCAUAUAACACCGCACAUUGCGAGUCGACGGGCUACACACCGGCCUAUUUAAACUACGGCCGAGAAUUACGACCGUCCGGAAGCAUAGGGCAAAAAACUGAAAACAUGGAGCAGGAGGAUCCCGAGACACGAAUCAAACAAAUGCAUGAAGCAUUAGAACUCGCAAGAGUUAAAUUGGCGCAGAGUUUCCAGCGGCAACAGCACCACUAUAAUCUCCGGCGCCGAGAUUGGAAGCCCCGAGUUGGGGAAGAAGUAUUGAAACGGACGCAUGAACUUUCCAGCAAAGCGGACGAUUUUAAAAACAAAGCUUGCAGCAAAAUACGAGGGGCCGUAUGUCAUUCACCGGGUGCGAUCGCCUGUGAUAUUCGAGUUAAAAACCACCGAUGGCAAAAAAGCCGUGUCACGCGUACACAUACGCGACCUGAAAGCGAUAAGUCAAUAAGGGGCCUGUACUUCGCUUAA